UCUAUAAAAGCCGUUGAGCCCUUCGAUUCGCAGCACAGUUUCCAUUUGCAUAGAAGAUGAUGGCGUCGGGUAGGUCCUGCGAGCUAGUCAUUCUUGUCCUGCUCAUAUUGGCCAGUUAUGCCUGUAUCUACUUGGAGUUCUGGAAACCCCGCUGUAUGAAGCCCUUCGUGGAGAUCGGCGACAACUGCUAUUUCUUUUCCACCAACAAAGCUCCCACCUAUGAGUACUAUAAAGUAUCGUAUAACGGCCGCAUCUUCAGUGUGCCCGCCAUACUUGACUGGCUACAUGCCAGCUUCGCCUGCGAGACACUGGACGCCAAUGCUCGACUGUUGACUGUCAAGACCGCCGAGGAGAUGCGCUACCUGUCCAACUACAUUGGCCGUUAUGCGCAUCCUGGCACCCACCCGUUCUUCUGGAGCGGCGGACAUCGCGGUAGUCUGGCCCAGAUCGAAGUGGACCAUAGUUCAUUGGAGAGUUUUUACUGGCACCACGAACCGCAUCCCAUGAACUUUUCUAACUUUAUCGAGCAGCAGUCGAACUUAACUCGCUUCCCUUCCGGCUUCUGUGUGUACCUGGAGUAUGUCGGAUCGGAACUGAUUAUGUCCACCGCGAGCUGUCGACAAAAAAUGGCAUUUGCCUGCGAGCUACAGUUGUCAAAUUGAUGUACAUUAUAGAGAAAUCCCAUUACAGAAAUCAGGUUUGCAAUUAAAUAAAAUUUAAUCUCUAAAAAAAACAA